CAAAUUGUUUACCGAUCAGCUGUUUCCGAAAGAGAAAAUUCUGAAAGAUCCUAAUCAUUUAUUUUAAAUUUAUAAAUAAAAUAGUAAAUUAUUUACCAUGAGUGAUCAUAGUUCAUAUGAUAAUGUGCCAAAAUCCGAGCAAACGCCACAACCGCAGGCAAACACAUUGAACAAUAAUCCAAGCAGCAAUCGCAGUAAUAAUAUGACUACAAAUGCCCCCGUAGCAGCCAACGAACUUACGCCUGGUCGUUGUAAUCUACAAAACUGGCUUGGCCAUACAUUUCGCGUUGUUAUAACUGAUGGACGUGUGCUUGUUGGCUAUUUCAACUGCACGGAUAAAGAUGCUAAUGUGGUACUCUCUAUGUGCGCUGAAUAUUUAGAAGAAGGCAAGGAUGCACGCAUAUUGGGAAAUGUAAUGAUACCGGGAAAGCACAUAGUUUCCAUUGCCGUGGAUAUGCCUAAAGAUGCAGCAUUUUCGCAUAAACCCAAUGCACCCACAGUGACGGAAAUAAUGUAAUAAUGCUAUAGCAAACUGAAAACGGCAUCCAGUCAAUAAACACACACAAGCCCGUAUAGUUUAAGUGACAACUUUUAUUUCGUUUAACAUUAGCAAACAUAAAAUAAAUUUAACUAUGAACUAAGA